UGACGACAUGAUGCUCCCUACGUCAUUUAUGACGUACCCGGAAAAAACAACAUGGAAUCGAGGCAGACAGUAUUGUAUUCUUUAUUGAAGUAUUGUAUUCUUUAUUGAAGUAAUUAUUCUUUAUUGAAGUAUUGGCUGUACUCUAAACCACUUUGGUUAAUCGCUGUAUUUUAUAUCUUGUUUCUCAUUUCGACUUUAUUUUCUGGCUUUUCAUGGACCUGCUGUCAAUGCGAUGGCUAUGACUAAAACUAAUUGAAAUCUAUUUGUAUUUAGUUAGAGACCAGCACAAAAUGUCUUCUGAUGGAGAACAUAGUUGCUCCUGCUGUUCCCUUCCUGUCUCGUCUUCCAGUGUCUACCAGACAGUGGAUGAGAUGGAUUUCGAACGAGGUAUCUGGUGUGCUGCCAUGAAUGGAGACUUAAAAAGGGUGAAAUCAUUCAUCCAAAGAGGCAUCCCUCCCAACCUCAAAGACACAGCAGGAUACACAGCUCUUCACUAUGCGAGUCGCAGCGGACAUCUGACUGUGUGUGACUUUCUUCUGGAGAACGGUGCUUGUGCGUCUCCUCAGACACCGGGCGGUGCCACGCCACUCCACCGCGCAGCCUUCUGUGGUCACCUGGAUGUCGCUAGAUUGCUUUUGCACCACAGAGCCGAUCCAAUGAUCUCUGAUGGUGAUGGUGCAUCUGCUCUACACAAGGCUGCAGAACAAGGUCAUGAAAAGGUGUGUCAACUGCUCCUUGAGGCUUGUCCAGCACUCUCCAGCCUGAAGAACAAGAGGCUCCAGCUAGCCUACCACAUAGCGCCCCAGGAACAUUUGCAGAAGCUCCUAAAAGCACCCCUCCGACCGUAGCAUUUAGCCUACCACAUAGCGCCCCAGGAACAUUUGCAGAAGCUCCUAAAAGCACCCCUCCGACCGUAGCAUUUAGCCUUGCACAACCUGAGUCUCAUGUAAGUGUUAAAAUGCUGGCAACACAUUUAGUAAGUGUCUCAUGUAAGUCUCAUGUAAGUGUUAAAAUGCUGGCAACACAUUUAGUAAGUGUCUCAGACUGUCAGAUAACUCCUGGAAAUGACUGGCUUAAAAGUGCCAAAGGUAUAGAUGUGUGUGUCCAAGUGAAAGGAAAAGACAGGCUGUCUUUUUCUAAUGGAUUUAUUACAAUCUUUGCAAGCUGGGUAACGUUUGCUGUGGUCUGGAACAACAUGGCACACAAACAACUAUGACAAAUGCAGCCAGUAUUACAAACCCCGUUUCCAUAUGAGUUGGGAAAUGGUGUUAGAUGUAAAUAUAAACGGAAUACAAUGAUUUGCAAAUCCUUUUCAAGCCAUAUUCAGUUGAAUAUGCUACAAAGACAACAUAUUUCAUGUUCAAACUCAUAAAGAUUUUUUUUUGUGCAAAUAAUCAUUAACUUUAGAAUUUGAUGGCAGCAACACGUGACAAAGAAGUUUGGAAAGGUGGCAAUAAAUACUGAUAAAGUUGAGGAAUGCUCAUCAAACACUUAUUUGGAACAUCCCACAGGUGUGCAGGCUAAUUGGGAACAGGUGGGUGCCAUGAUUGGCUAUAAAAACAGCUUCCCAAAAAAUGCUCAGUCUUUCACAAGAAAGGAUGGGGCGAGGUACACCACUUUGUCCACAACUGUGAGUAUAAUAGUCAAUAGUCAAACAAGGCAGCAGUGGGGAGUGGUCAUGUCAUGCAUGUAGUACUGCUGGCAGGCAGCAGGGGGAAGUGGUCAUGUCAUGCAUGUAGUACUGCUGGCAGGCAGCAGGGGGAAGUGGUCAUGUCAUGCAUGUAGUACUGCUGGCAGGCAGCAGGGGGGAGUGGUCAUGUCAUGCAUGUAGUACUGCUGGCAGGCAGCAGGGGGAAGUGGUCAUGUCAUGCAUGUAGUACUGCUGGCAGGCAGCAGGGGGGAGUGGUCAUGUCAUGCAUGUAGUACUGCUGGCAGGCAGCAGGGGGAAGUGGUCAUGUCAUGCAUGUAGUACUGCUGGCAGGCAGCAGGGGGAAGUGGUCAUGUCAUGCAUGUAGUACUGCUGGCAGGCAGCAGGGGGAAGUGGUCAUGUCAUGCAUGUAGUACUGCUGGCAGGCAGCAGGGGGAAGUGGUCAUGUCAUGCAUGUAGUACUGCUGGCAGGCAGCAGGGGGGAGUGGUCAUGUCAUGCAUGUAGUACUGCUGGUAGGCAGCAGGGGGAAGUGGUCAUGUCAUGCAUGUAGUACUGCUGGCAGGCAGCAGGGGGAAGUGGUCAUGUCAUGCAUGUAGUACUGCUGGCAGGCAGCAGGGGGAGGCACACUCUAAGAAGAUUUAGCUAAGCAUGUGAAGUGACCUCAUGUAUUGUCCCUGCUUACUUCCAGUAUGUUUGGGCAAAUAGUGUGAAAGUCAGCGAGCCCUCAUUUCAACACACGACUCACACAGGAAGAAGACAUUAUUACAGCAGAGACUUCUUUUCCAUGUGACUUUUCAAACUUCAUUUGGUGUUUCCAUGGUGCCAAAAGCAAAAUGCUGUGUUUAGUCUUUCACUUGCCAGUCACAUAUUUGUCUUGAUCCUCUCUUUUAAAAUGAUGUCAACAGGCCUGCUGGCAGAUGUUUAUGGGAAAAUGAUCUUGAGUAUUUAAUGGCCAUUCCACCCAACCCCUGCCAUUUGCUAUGUGAGAAAAGAGAGAACCCUCAUGAUGACUUACACUUAAACAGUGUAGUUGUGAUCAGGGGUAACACUAAAAUGUUUUGGGGGCACUUGAAUGAAUAUAGUUCAUGGUAAAGUAAACAUUUAAAUAAAUAUGGAAUUAGCUGAAUGUGCAGCACACUUUGCUUAAUAAUUCAUAUUUGACAGUUCAUUUGAUCCUGCAUUUAUACUUUGUGUUUCCUGGGUACAUUAAUGGCACCCAUUCAAUGGCAUGGCCCUGGAGUCAUUUAUUUGACCUCAAUCUAAGAGUGCCCUAACUUGAGGGUGUUUUGAGGUAAAGUUGUCUCUUGGCUAAUUGUUAUACUUGAAGUUGCAAGCAACAAUUUGACAUGCCUGCCAUAGUUGGCAUACAACAUGUCACAGUGAACAUCUGCUUUUACCCGCUAGCAUAGCUAGAUGGUCAGAACUUGGUUUUCCAACCGUGGAAAGGAAGCAUGUCAAUUUGAAAGACAGUACUGAGAAGAAGAAGUGGAUUAUGAUCAUUAAAUUAAAGAAAUAAAUCAUCAAAAACAUGACAGUGAGUCGCUGAAGCAGGACGAGUUCAACGCUAGCCAAGACUGUUAGAAUAAUAUCCAAACAGCGGACAUUUAUCCAUAAAAAUUUGGAAAAGCCGCUGAUGGUGUGUGUGACCGAGAAGUCACAUGAAGGAGAUACCAUAGAACAGUGGUCCCCAACCUUUUUGAAGCCGGGGACCGGUCAACGCUUCAAAAUUUGUCCCACGGACCGGGGGGGGGGAUAUUUUAUUUUUAUUUUUUUUAAUUUGUUUUCAUAAAGAAAUACAAUCAUGUGUGCUUACGGACUGUAUCCCUGCAGACUGUAUUGAUAUAUAUUGAUAUAUGAUGUGUAUAUUGUGUUUUUUAUGUUGAUUUAAUUAAAAAAAUGUUUUAUUUUUUUAAAAUUUCUUGCGCGGCCCGGUACCAAUCCGGUCCGCGGCCCGGUGGUUGGGGACCACUGCCAUAGAAGACCACUCUCCAAGAUAAGAGCUGUACAUUUUUAUUACAUUACUUCAUAGAACUACUGUAGUUAUUUUUAGUCAAUUCUAUUGUACUCUUUUUCAUACAAUAUUCACUAUAUGAAAAUAGCACCGAUUCAAUAGAUUUUAAUUAAUUUCAAUGGGAAACGUUAAAUUUGGGAUACAAGUGUUUUGAGUUAUGAGCUCAGUCACAUAACUUUUUGUCUUUUCAUAUACUUUUUAUUUCAACAAACUGACUGUUACAGUGUGCAAAUAUGGAAAUGGUAAAGAAUGCAUGGAUGUGUUACAGCCUUUGUACUUAUUUUAUACUUAUUUAUCUUAUUAUCACAAGCACGUGUUGACAAGUGUGUGUUUGGCUUUUGCAGCAAUUGCAAUUUAGGCCGUUUUUGAUGAUUGUUGUGUUUACAGCGUCUGGGCAUGUUUGCCACGGGACCUUUGUUCUUCCCAAACAACCUCCCAUUGUUUUACUUUGGACUGGACAAAAUAUGCAAAGAGAACCAAGAAUGAAAGCCUGGCAAUAUAAUAAAACAGAUGAUAGUCAACUAAACUGUUUCUAGAGAGCUAAGGACCGAGGGGCCGAACAUUUCCCUUCACUACGUGUCUUAUUUUGUUUAUUCCCAAGAACCCACAUCCUCUACAGUAGACAUUUCAUUUUGGUCUAUUUAUUUGUCAAGAGUUACUGGAGUGCUCUGCUUUUUUAAGGGACCUUCUGCAAAAAAAAAGCUAGUCAAAGAUCUCCUCUAUGAGAGCAGUCUAGUGUUUUUAAGGCUAUGUCUACACUGAGUCGGAUAACCCCUUAAACCAAUAAUUACUUAGCCUAAGCCUCGAGUCAGCCACACUAAGUCAUCGUUUAAGGUUCCCCUCAUUGGAUCAUUUUUUACACGGGUAAGUGUGCCAUGUAUUUCUUUAUUCUCCGCCUCUUAGCUUUGUAUGGACUCAUUGAUCGUUUACAAACUGAGUUCGGAGAGGAAGUGACGCCAGAAAGACCGCACCCCACACAGGAAGUGACAUCAGAAAGAAUGCACCACAGCCAGCUUCAUAAUAAAGUGGUUUCAUAACUCGGAGCUAACCACUGGAAAUAUGGAGGUGAGUCAUCCAGACAUGCCGUGUUUCUCCUUCUUCUACAUGUACAGACACUUGUGGAAAUCACACAUGAAUACCUUAAGAGAAAGCCAUUGCAGCUAUUUGGGAUACAACACUUCUCAGACGGCAAGACAACUUUCCAAUGUCCGGGUCAGCUGGGAUUCUACUUAGUGAAAAACUUUGUCCAUUUGUCCAAGGAGAGUCAACGAGAAUGCGGGCUACCGCGGAUGUAAUAAAAAAAGGUAGCGUGUGCUUUGUAUUACCUGGCCGAUGAGGGAAGACUACGGGAAACAGCGAAUGCAUUUAGACUGGCAAAGCAGACUGUAUCAGUUAUUGUCCGCCAUGUAUGUCCCGGACUCAACGUCUAGGUCCAGAGUUUAUAAAGACACCAAAAAGGAAUGGACAAUGAAGGUGAAGGCAAAAGAGUGAGGAGUGUCCUGACCAGAUGUCUACAUCCCUAGAUUGAUUGAUGUCAAAUGUUCUUCAUCACAUAGUUUAGGUGUGUAAUAAAGAUGUGAUUGAUGUAUGAUGUCUCAGGUGUGAUUGACUACAAUAGUCACCCUGGAUUCCAGUUCAUUGAAAUAGCACAACACUGGAUAUUGUUCAGAUAAGUUACAUUUAAGAAGUUGCACACAAAGCAACA